AAGGCCAUAUCCCGUUUCUUCCGGUCUUAUCCCCAGUAACUUUGACAGCUGGCUGCAGCUGGACGCCGCUGUCCGCGCGCAACUAUCCAUCCAGCCAGGACGCGCACCCGCUCCCCGGUCACAGCCACUGCCCAGGGGCUCGAAGCCACCAAUUAGAACAGCUGGGACCAGGGAUGCGCACUCAAUUAACGUAAUCUCUUUUUCUUUUUGUUGUCCUAAAAGACCCCCUGUCCUCCGUCACAAUUCCCCCCCAGAGCAGCUCCGAGGGGUUUCUCUCGUCCUUUCGUCCCCGAGCCGCGCGGAGGAAGUGCUGGCUGGUCCUUGUGCUGACCGCCGUCGCGAUGGUUCUGCUGGCUCUGGCCGUGGCGGUCCCGUUACUGCUGCUCCGCACCUCGGACACCUCCGCUCAUUACUACGAAAUGAUGGGCACCUGUCGGAUGGUUUGCGACCCGUACACCCCAAAACCGGGAAGCGCCACCGCCAUGGAGGUGAUCCAGAACGUAAACGGUAUCGCUCCGCAGCCGCCGAUGGCGCAGGGGAGCCGCGGGGAGCCCGGGCGACCGGGUAAACCGGGAUCCAGGGGUCCGCCGGGAGAACCAGGACCCCCGGGUCCGAGGGGGCCACCGGGUGAGCGCGGCAACGGUAAACUCGCCUUCCCCGCGGUAACCGGACCUGUUGGGUCUGAGAACGGCGAAACGGACGGUGUGAACUCCACGGCCAACAGUUUCAGGAUCGCUUUCUACGUUGGUCUGAAGAACCCACAUGAGGGGUAUGAGGUGUUAAAGUUUGACGACGUGAUUACAAACUUGGGGAACCAGUACGACGCCAGCACCGGGAAGUUCACCUGCCAUGUGUCCGGGAUCUAUUUCUUCACCUACCAUGUGUUGAUGCGGGGAGGAGACGGGACCAGCAUGUGGGCCGACCUGUGCAAAAACGGACAGGUACGAGCCAGUGCCAUUGCUCAAGAUGCAGACCAGAACUACGACUCCAGCAACAGCGCCGUGCUGCACUUGGACUCGGGAGACGAGAUCUACGUCAAACUGGAUGGCGGCAAAGCUCACGGAGGCAACAACCAACAGUGCACCUUCUCUGGCUUCAUCUAUACCCGACUAAACGCAGCACAGCAGGUUCCUUGGACAGUAAUCACCACAACAAAACUGUUUCCAUUGACGUAUAUGGUCCGAUAUGUUUCUCCUCUUUUGAAGAUAGGUUCCACGACACACAGGCGUAUCUGCAACUGUAUACUCUGUUCAUUUAGUGAGAGACCUUUUGUAUAAUGUGUUUCAUUUAACUUAAGUUCAACAGCACUACUGUCAUCAGAGUGUGUAUCUUAAUACUGCAGAGCUACAGUAACACCCCGUGCACGCUCCGAGCUGAGAAAGCAUCAUGUUUCUUAAGUUUCUUGUGAACACAUUUCUAAAAUGCAAUGAAAUGCACAUUUCACGCCAACUUCAGUGGAAUCGCCAUGAUCAGUGGAUUCUCUUGCGGGGUAAAUACCAGACCUUCUUCACCAAAAAAAAAAAAAAGAUCUGUGCAUGCAGCUUGUUAUGACCCAUAUUUAUGUUUAUUGUCAGGCAGCAACUUUUCUUAGCCGUAGUAAUUAUGGCGGGAGCAAAGGCGGAAGUCAGGUGACGUAGUAUAAAGAGGGACAAAGUCCGCUUUGGGAGGAUGUGUGGGUCAAACCAAUAUGUUUACUUUCCCUCAGAAGAUUGCUGUGCGUGUCCCGUGUGAAACCAAACAUCAACGUUGAUUUAUUUGACCCUACGGGCGUAAGUUACAUGACAUAAAUACUUAUUUAAACCCAAAUCAUGAUCUUUCCUAAACCUAACCAAGUAGUUUUGUUGCUUAAACUCAAGUAGUUUUGUUUCACAGCAUUAACUGUUUAAUUUGCGACCGUUUUACAAUGUUGAAUAGAGCGUCGUAUUAUGUCGUUUUGGAGGUCAUUUGCGAACCACCGAAACGACCUACCUGUCAUUUAGGUAUGAGGACGUGUUGUAAAAUACAUUUUUCACGUCGAGUUCAACUCGCGUGAACAUUUAGCGCCACUGACCAAUAGUAAAAGUGUGAGGGAACAGAAAGCCAAAGAGUCCAAAAUGGAGGAGGCUAUAGUGGCUUCUUCGCUGUGUUGCACCGUUCACUUUUAUUCAACCUCCUCUGUUGGAGUAGAAACGGUUUCACAAAAGAGACGUGCUUCGCAGACUUAUGAGACAGAAGACAAUACGUCAUUUAAUUAAACAGUGAAUUUACCGUCCUGUUGGGGACAAAGCUAAAAAGCUUGGGACUCCUGGUUAGUAAGCCAGCUAGGUUGGAACAAAAUGCUAAGGGGAGUGAACAGCACAGAGAAGCUUAGAAAGCUUUGUGACUCACUAGCGCUAGCAUGUUUCAGGCUGGUUAGCAUUAUAUUAGUUGGCUUGCCAGUUACCGUAGUUCACAAACGUCAUCAAAUUUCUACAACCGAAUAUUUUUGCGUAGAUACGAGGAUGUACCCCUUUCUGGUGCGACCAGCGCUAAAAUACUGACACUCACGGCCACAUGAAUUGCUUUCAUUCUCCAGUUGUUGUUUUUUUAUUGCCAAAAAGUAAGCACAGCGUCAGUAUUCAUGGCAAAAUGGAAACAACAACUUCACCUGGCACCUUACCUGGACAAGCUGGACCUGUGGUAGAAGACCCGAUCAGUUAAAAUGGUCUGACGCGACGAGGUCAGUGGAACGCAUUCUAAAUGCAUUAAAUAAGGUGCAAAAAAUCGAGGCCAUUUUGAUAUCUAUAACAAGCCAAAUCAUGGUGCUUUGAGUAGUGUUCAAUGUUUCACUAAAUAACCGUACAUGAAAGAUACAAACGGAUGUCUCGCAUCGUUAUUGACUCGGUUAUAUUUUGUUGUCAUAAAUGCAAAUAAAUAUUGUGUUACAAACGUU